CUUUACUUAAAGGUCAAAAAGCAGAUAUCACCCCUAAGAUACUAUUAUUAAAUUUAGACAUCUCAUAUCGUAGUGUACGAGCGCGUCUAAACUUCCUAUCUCGAAUUAAGCCGCAAUCAUGUCAAAGUUGAUAGAUGACGUCAAAACUGGCCUCAAAGGCAUUCGCGGAGCUGGGGACGCCAUUCGAGGAGAGGCAAUGGAGGUUACGGAUCAAGCGUUUGACAACAACCAAAACCAUCCACAAACCCAAACAACGCAAGCGAAGAAUCGAGCGAUCGCAGAGAAAGGGAAGCAAGACGUUAAAAAUGUUGAUAAUAUGUUUGCUCAACGUGAAUGGGAGCGUAAAGGUGUUCCGAGAACAGACGGAGCUGCCUAUGGAGUUGCACCGACGCAUCAUUCGACUACAUCCGGCGAGACGGACACGGUUGCCCACAACACGACUGACAGCGGGCGUCCCAAGGGCGAUCUGAAUGGAUUAAAAUGAUUGAAUAUUAAACACCAGCAGAAAAUUGUGGAGAAUUCUGAUAUAGCGAAGGAGUUACUCGAUGACGGGUACUUUUAUCUUGGUUGAGGUCUGAGCUUUGAUGAUUUAAGUGGUAAGGGAGUCCAGGUACUAUGCAGGAGGCAGUUAGGUAAAUCUCAUGUUGGAGAGUUCUCAAUAUGAAUAACGCCGGUUUUGCCGUCAAUUUCCAUCCCGCUCAUUCUUGCUAGCGUGCUUUCGAUGCCGAAAAGAGCAGACAUCUCU